GCAGAAAAGGGCGGCCGGCCACCCAGUGCGAGACCUGCCGAGAAUUACGCAAAACACGGCAUAUUCACAUCAAAUGUUUGUGCAAGCCCAACGAAGUCGGUAUACCUCGAUGGCUACAUGAGAUUUCCCCUGACUGCAACAAAGAUUUCAAGGCUGGCCAAAGAAAUAAAUCAGUCAUGUCCAUAGAGCGAAUAUCCAAUCCUUAACUGGAGGCUUCAUGCAGUGGUGGUAAUAAAUAAUCUUCAUUUCGCAUACGUUAGUCCUAUUCAAUGGGUGGCAGAAAGCCGUGCAAUUUAGCAUGUUACAAAAUCGUAUGCUGAAAAAGUUCGUGCGAGUCUUGUCUAAAAAGAAGAUUGUCAUCGUGUGGGGACCAGUUCGGAAUCCUCGCUCUCCACUCUCAUAUUCCCAGAAAGGUUUUCGUGUACUUCCGAUGAUAUUUGAUUCCCCAGUCUUUUUUUUUUCUAUUUCUUUCUUCCAAAGCCCUUCUUCAUCUUUGAUCUUUCGGUACCUCUAUGUCCUUUUUAUUGGAGCAUAUGACGCAUUAGGGAAAACAUAAACUUCUCAUUCUACUUUCUUGCAAUUAUAGAAUAAGAGAGGAAAAACAGAACAUACUAGACGCCAUGCACACAAUGACUUGUUCACUGUCGGUACAGCCAACUUCAAGUAAAAGUAGGGAAAAUGUAGGAUAAAAAA